UGACCAGUUUGUUAUCACUUCUCUUCUACAAAAAAUGUAUCGAAAUUCGAAAUAAAUGAAUGGAUUGCAAUAAAACAGAGUUAAAUUUGUCAUAAAUCCUCGAAUUACAAAUUAUUCCAUUCACUUGGGACACCUUGGGACCUUAAUCAUGUCCAAAAGAACAGUAAACUUAUACGUAUGCGACGAUGUAAUCCAAAAUUGUGAAAAAAUAUUGGAAUACGACAUCGCCAAAUUUCACGACUGCAGCAAACUCCUAGAAAAAUUUCGGUCGCUAUUCGUGUCAACGAACGAUGAAUAUCAAUUUCUGAAAACUUGUUUGGAUAGAGCUUGCGUAGAUACGAUUACUUCGAAAUCAGAGCAUGGUGAUCUAUCAAAACUUUACGAAAUACUGUUGACGAAUAAUUUUGUAAAAAAAUUUCUCCAAUUCAUAAAUAAACAAGAAACACUGCGAUUGAAAUUCAUCGAUGGCAUAAUCGAACACAAGAAUUUAGAAAAAAUGUUGAACAAGGCCAACGAAAACUUCACGUUAUUAAAAUCCGAACGUAAUGAUUCAGUCCUGCGAAAUUACGACUUGCUUCUAAAGACUGAUUUCGCUGAAGAAUUACUCGAUCAAAACACCAAAGAACAAGAAAUACUGCGUCUGAAAUUCGUGGCAAAAGUCGAAGAAUGUGAACGAAUAAAAAAGUAUUUGGAUACAGCUUACGAAACUAUGAUGAUAUUGAAUUCGCAACACGAUGAUCUGAUACGGCGUUUUAAAAUUUUAUGCGAAAAAAACAUCGUCAAGGAAUUCCUCGAGUAUGCAAAACAGCGUGAAACACCUCGGUUGGAAAUCACUGAGAAAACUAACGAUUGCAAUGAUUUAGUAGCACGUGAAGUUUUGAUCACCGAGCAGCUAAGAUACAAGAAGCUUAAAGACGAGCGUGACGCCUUAGAUUAUUUAUCAGAAGAAUUAUGUCGUUUAUUACAACGAUAUCAACGUCGUGCACCGUUCGAUCAGACUAGAGGAGAAUUCGAAGAAAAUAGAGAACUAGUUCGAAGCUCUGCGAUUAGUGAUUUUACAUCGUCCGAUUAUUCAAAUAUCGCUAAUGAACUAGAUAAUGAAGCAUCUUUUAGUUCAGAAACGAGGACGGAUAUCAAAAAUUCUAAUCUGUGUCACGAUUUUGAAUCUAAUCACCAAGUUUGGCUUGUGAAAAAUGAUGAAGAUGAGCUAAUCGUUGUGAAGGAGGAAAAAACAGAUUUAUCUUUUGAAAUGAAUGAAGAAUUUGAUAUUUUGACUGAGCAUGCUUCGGACUCGUUCGAAAAAACUCCAGAAAAUAAAUAUUUUGAAAAACUCGACUGCCAGAAUUCCGACGACAAGAGUAGUAAAAAUAUACUCGAACACGACGCAUCUCGUGAUGAAAAACCAUACCAAUGUACUACCUGUAAUAAGCGAUUCAACAAGAUAGAUUAUUUAAAAAGACACGAGUUAAUGCACAGUUCGGAGAAGCUUUUCAAAUGUUCAAUGUGUGAUAAGUGUUUCAAAGAUCCCAGUAAUAAGGGCCGACACGAGCGUACAGUUCAUGGAAAAGGUCCUCGUUAUUGUUGCGCUCAUUGCGAUGAAAAUUACGCUCGUAAAGGAAAUCUUAUCAUUCAUAUAAAAUCAAAACAUUUACCUAGACAAGAAAACGAGUACCGAUGUACCUAUUGUCACAAAACAUUCGUUUCGAAAGAGUCUUGGAAGUAUCAUCACACAACACACUCUUCGAAUAACGACAGACCAUACAGAUGCUCGAUAUGUUGCAAGGGUUUUAAAGAUAGUAAAACCAGGACCAAGCAUGAGAAAAAAGUUCAUGUAGAAGAGAUACGUUUUUAUUGCGCACUAUGCCGGAAAAAUUAUCGUUACAAAUAUGAUCUUACGAGACAUAUGCAAAAGGAUCAUUUAUGAUGAUUUUUAUCAUGGGUUUUAAAUAUUUGUUUCACUUCUUGAUUUUGGAAGUGUUCCUGAAAGUACGUACUUUGGCGUGCUAGAAAAAUCUACAAAACGUUGCAGUUGCUCAAUCAGUUUAUGGCCGAGCCAAGAAUUAUUUAAGUGAUGGAUCAUGAAUUUAUAAUGGAUGUGAACAUUUUUCUUUACUGAGUAAAAAGGGAUGCUGAAUGAUAUCAUUUGAAAUGUUAAGACUUGACAAUAUAUCUCUUCUAUUGAU